AUGGUCGAUACGGAACAUACAAUAUUUUCAUCAGCUUCAUCAGAUUCUGGUUUAGGUGGUGUCGAGAAUCGAAAACUUAAUGAACCUAAUCAAAGUGCUCGAAGUUUCGAUGAUGAUGAUUUUCAAUUACCAGCAAAUUGGCCAGAUUAUGAUUUUGAACGAAAGAAAAGUUGUCUUUUCAGUCGAGUUUUUUCGACUUGUGUAACAAAAGCUAUUAAUCAUCUUGAAUUAGUUCAAAAUGCUAUUGAACACAAAGAUAGUCCAACUAGAAAAGGAGCAACAUAUAGACGUGAAGUACGUUUUACACAUAAAUCAUCACCAAUGGAACUUCAAAUAAUUGGCCAAGGUGGUCAAGUUGGUCAUGAACAUUCACAUCAUCAUGAAAUACUUGAAGAUGAAAUCAUUGAUGAAGUAUUAUUACUUUUAGCACGACUUGAUCGUGAACGUUUACGUUUAAUUACUCUAUGUGAAAAUGAACAAUUUAUUCGUAAUCGAUUGAGAGAAAGUAUUGAUCAUUGGCGCUUGAAACGAUUACGUGAUUUACCUUUGGCUGUACAACGAGAACAUGAAGUCUGUAUUAACGAUAUCAAUGAACUGCAAUGGCAUAUUACUUACAAUGUUAAAUUAGCUGAAAAAAUGUCUGCAAAAAUCGAAAUAUCUCGAACAUGGCAUCAACAACUUGAUAUUGAAGUUAGUGAUAUUCGUCAAACAACUGAUUUAAUGGCUGAAAAAGUUCAAACAGAAUUAAUUGAAAUCAAAAGACUUACUGACGCAUUGAAAGAAACCGAGCAUGAAUUAAUGUUAAGUCGUGCAAAGAAUGCUGAUACAUUAGAUAAAUCAGCUCGUGCUAAUCAACGUGCUACUAUUGAACGAAAUGAAAUACGAAGUGAACUUGAUAAAACUAUCAAAGCACUUCAACAAAUAACAACGAAAUUACAUACAGCUCAAGAUCUACAUAAAACUUAUUUAAAAACGAUAGCUGAUGCAAAAGAAACUGUUAAAAAAAAUACAGUAGCUUACAAUGAAGAAGUCAUUAAACGAGAUGCUGCACGAAGUGAAAUGUCUGAUCUUAAACUUAAAUUAAUGGCACUUCAAAGCGAUCGUCAAAAUAUUCAAUCUGAAAUUGAACGAUUAAAUAUCAAUUUAGAACGAGCUCGAUUAGAAGAAAAAGCUCGUGAUGAUCAACGAAAACAAGAAUUAGAAGUAUUACAAGCUAAUGCAUUAAAACGUGAAAGUAAAUUAGAAAAAAUCUUGAAAAAAACACGAGAAAAAUCGAUUAUUAUCGAUGAACAUGAACGAAAAUUAGCGAAAAUUAAUGAGCAAAUUGAUCGUCAUCAAAAAACAAUAGCACGUUAUGAACAACAACGUAAACGUGAUUCUGAAAUGUUACGAACAGUUAUUGAAAAUUUACAACGAGCUGUAUUUACAAAUGAAUCUAUUACAGCAGAUAUGCAACGUGCAACUGAAAUCCUCCAAAAAGAAGAAGAAGAAAUAAGAGAUGCGAUGGAUGCAGUACGACGUCAAAUUGAUGAUGAAGGAGUAAUGAUUGGAAAGAUUGAUGAACAUUUACUUACUGAUCAACAAGAACUUGAUACUAUUACGAAUGCAGAAGCAAUUCGAGCUGAACAAGCCGAACGUAUUGAAACGAAUUUACAAGGAAAAUUUGAUGUAUUAGCAGCAGAUGUUACAGUCUUAGAAGCAGAAGAUGUCAAAAUAAAAGAACAUUUAGCAAAAGUUAAACAACUUUUACAUGAAACAAAUGAACUUUAUAUGAAAGAUAAAACUGAAUUAGAACAAAGAAAAGCUGAAAUUAGUGAACGACAACAAGCAGCUUUGGCUACAGCAAAUGAUCUUGGUACUAAACUCGAUCAUAUUACCACUCAAACAGCUUAUUUGAAAAAACGUAUAGAAGAAAUGACUGAAUCUCGUAUUAUGAUGGAAACAUUAACAAUUAAAAUUCGUGGUGAAAUUCAAACAGCUGAAUCAGAAUUAGUUGAUGUUAAAUAUAAUCUCACUUUAAUUGAAGCUGGUGAAAAAGAAGUUGUACGAGUUUUACAACAAUGUUUACAACGACAAGCCGCUACUGAUAGUUUAAAUAAACAAUUAUUUCAAGAACGUUCGAAUUAUCAAUCAGAGAAAGAAUCAGCUAUUGAAAAAGCUCUUGCACUUAAUACAGAAUUAGCAAGUGCUUAUAGAGAUUUAGUAUAUACAUAUUAUGAAAUCAAAGGUCUUUUAAUGGGUAAAUUAGAUGAACGUUCUGAUGCUGUUACACGAGUUCGAGAUAGAAGACAAUUAAUUGAAUUACAAACACGACUUCAUGAUGCGUUAAAUCUUUAUCUUGGAAUUAAAAAUGAAUGUGAUGAACGUCAAAUUCAUCGUUUAAAUCGAGAAAGUCAUAAAAAUGGUUUACAAGUCAAUCAAAUUCAAGAAACAGUACAAACUGCUGUUGAAACUAUUACGAAAUUUCUGGACGAACAAGUUGAUUUUGAAGCUAUACAUCAAGAAGCGAUGCUCAAAGUACAUAGGGAUGAAUUAAAAGAAAAACAAACAGUACAAGAUGAGAAAACUAUUGAAGAAGAUCCUCCUCAACCUUCUCUUCCUCCGCCACCAAUACUUCAAACAAAAAGUGCACUAAUUAAUAAUGAUGAUACUUCACAUGAUAUAAGUGAUGAUGAUGAUGAUGACGAUGAUGAAGAUGAGGAAGAUGAUAAUGAACAAGAAAAUAAAAUUGAUCGAAUAACAGAUAUAUUUAUUCGAAAAUUUAUUGAUGAAGCUAUUGAUCAAGGAAAACAUAUUGAACGUUUAAAAAAAGAAGCAAAUCAACCAAAAGAUUUUGAUAUACAAGAAAUUACUGAGAAAAAAUCUUCUUCACCUCAAGAUUGGUUAUUCACUAACGAAACAAUUAAUGGAGAUAGCCCGAAAAAUAUUGAACAAAAUGAAUUUACACUUGAUUUAAGUCAAUUAGACGAGAAAAAUCCUAAUGAACCACGAGUUGAAAGUCCUCGUAAAAUAGUUAUUGAAGAACCCGUUAAAUUAUUUGUACCUCAUACACGUGAACAAGUGACUCAAUUAUGUCAUCAAGCAAUAGAUAUUUUAUUCGAUCAAAAUAAAGAUUUUUCUGAUCGAUUAACUAUUAAAUCUAAAAUACCAAAUGACUAUUUUACUUAUGAUCAACAAGAUUCAGAGAGUGAUGAUAUUCGAAUUAAUCGUCAUGCUUAUUGUCAAAUGAUAUUUGAUUUAUGUAUUGAAUUAUUACAUGAAAUGUAUACAGAAAAUAUUAUACCAUCAAAAUAUCCUCAAUGGCAACCAACUAAACUUGUUUCCAAACGUUAUUAUCGUGGAAAAAAACCUGAAAAUCGUCAUGAUAUUGAACAAUUGAUUUCAGCAAAAGUUUUAGAAAUCUUAUGUUUAAAUAAUCGUCCAAUAGUAUAUUCAAAAUGGCGUGUAUCAAAUGCACGACGUAAUGGUACAGAAAAAUUUGAAACAGUACUUGAUGAAGAAAUACGCCGUACAGAAUCACAAUGGAUUAAUUAUAGUGAUGAUUGUUUACAAAUGAAAUUUGAUGUAGCUGAUUUAAUAUUUCAACAACUAGUACAAGAAUCAAUAACAGAAUGUCUUUCUGUUGUUGAUAAACGUUUAUUUUUGAGCAGUAAUAGUACACGUCUUUAA